CUUCCUCUCACACCGGCCCUUGGUCCGGUUUUGCAUCGUUGUUAGAACCGUCUGGAUUUAAAGAUUCAGCUGAAGGUUGCAUCGUUUACAGUAAGCUUACAGCAAAGUCAUGGCAAAGUUUCACGCCCCUGUAAUCCAGGACAACCCGUCUGGAUGGGGUCCGUGUGCAGUUCCAGAGAAGUUUAAAGAUAUGCCCUACCAGCCUUUUAGCAAGGGAGACCGUCUGGGAAAGGUUGCUGACUGGACCGGAGCAACUUACCAAGACAAGAGAUACACAAAUAAGUAUUCCUCUCAGUUUGGAGGUGGUAGUCAGUAUGCCUACUUUCACGAGGAGGAUGAGACGAGCUUUCAGCUGGUGGACACUGCCAAGACCCAGAAAACUGCCUACCAGAGGAACAGGAUGAGGUUUGCUCAGAGGAACCUAAGGAGAGACAAGGACCGUAGGAACUUGACUCAGUUCAACUUGCAGACGCUUCCAAAGAGCGCCAAGCAGAAGGAGAGGGAUCGCAUGCGUCUGCAGAAGAAGUUCCAGAAGCAGUUUGGUGUCCGUCAGAAAUGGGACCAGAAGUCUCAGGCCCAGCUGAAGCCCAGAGACUCCUCUGUGGAGGUUAGGAGUGAUUGGGAGGUGAAGGAGGAGAUGGACUUCCCCAGGCUGAUGAAGAUGAGAUAUAUGGAGGUUGCUGACCCUGUUGACAUCGAGUGUUGUGGUGCUUUGGAGUACUACGAUAAAGCUUUUGAUCGGAUCACCACCCGCAACGAAAAGCAGCUGAAAAGCAUCAAGAGGAUCUUCCAUACUGUUACCACCACUGAUGACCCUGUCAUCCGAAAGCUGGCGAAGACGCAGGGUAACGUGUUUGCCACUGAUGCCAUCCUUGCCACGCUGAUGUGCUGCACGCGCUCGGUCAACUCCUGGGACAUCAUUGUGCAGAGAGUCGGCAACAAGCUGUUUUUUGACAAGAGGGACAGCUCUGACUUUGAUUUGCUAACUGUGAGUGAGACGGCCAACGAGCCUCCGCAGGAUGAGGGCAACUCCUUCAACUCUCCUCGUAACCUGGCGAUGGAGGCAACGUACAUCAACCACAACUUCAGCCAGCAGUGUUUACGAAUGUGUGGAGAGAGAUACAAGUUCCCCAAUCACAACCCUUUUGUGGAAGAAGACAUGGACAAGAGCGAGGUGGCAUCUGUAGCUUACAGGUACCGUCACUGGAAGCUGGGAGACGACAUCGACCUGAUCGUCCGCUGUGAGCACGAUGGAGUGAUGACCGGAGCUAACGGAGAAGUGUCCUUCAUCAACGUCAAGACCCUCAACGAGUGGGACUCGAGGUAUUGUAACGGAGUGGACUGGCGUCAGAAGCUGGACUCUCAGAGAGGAGCUGUUUUGGCCACUGAGCUGAAGAACAACAGCUACAAACUGGCUCGUUGGACCUGCUGCGCCAUGUUGGCUGGAUCCGAGUACCUCAAGCUGGGGUACGUGUCUCGGUACCACGUGAAGGACUCUUCUCGCCACGUCAUCCUGGGAACCCAGCAGUUCAAACCCAACGAGUUUGCCAGCCAGAUAAAUCUGAGCAUGGAGAACGCGUGGGGAAUCCUCCGCUGUGUGAUCGAUAUCUGCCGCAAGCUGGACGAGGGCAAGUACCUGAUCCUGAAGGACCCCAACAAGCAAGUAAUUCGAGUGUACAGCCUGCCUGAAGGGACCUUCAGCUCUGAUGAAGAGGAGGAGGAAGAGGACGAGGAAGAGGAUGAGGAAGAAGAAGAUGAAGAGAACUGAAGUGUGGAAUUGGCUUCAGUGACCAAAUCAGUCUUCAUCAUACAGAUAAAAACAAGUUAAAUCCUUUUGACCAUCAAUAAAGACGACACAUUGGACAAAAAUU